AGGAAAGGCAGUGAUGGUGCGUGUGAGACCAUCUCAGCAAAACCCAGAGAGGCUCCUCGGUGGCUUCUGUCGGCUCAGCAACUCUUGAAGACCAUGCUUCGAUCUGCUUUAGGUCCUUGGAGGGCUGAGGUACAGGAACAUCUAGCUUUGAUCUCAUAGAAGGGAUUCCCAGUGAGACCAGCUCAAGUCCCUUCCAACUGUGAGCUACUGUGAUUCUGACAUACUUCCUGAUGGCUCUCCAUCCAUUAGUCCAUCGGAGAGGGAUGGGAGGCACCACGGAGAAAGCCUGUCCCUACCCCCUAGUCUCCCACCUGCUCACACAUCACUCUAUGAGCUGCCUCUCUACCAGGACUUCGACUUUGUCAUUCCCCCCACCCCACCCCCUACCACCUUCCAGACCCAGGAGGACAUCAAGGGGUAGCAACUGUCUGUCAUCCUUAAAGGGGAAGGCCUCCCAAUUAAUCACUGGCUCUAAUCUCUUUCCCCACUCUCCUCCCAUUGCUUUCUAGUCUGUAAGGGCUUAUGACAGGGGUCUGUAAAGAUCUGCAGAGACAGGUGGGUGUCCCAGGGAGGAAGACUUGACCGGAGGAGCCCCCUGUUUCUGGUGGGGCAAUGUUUCUGAGCAAGUGUGAGGGAGAGCCCGCUGAGGGAAGGCCCCCGGGGUUCGGGGAAGCGGAAGAGGCCCCUAAGAAGAAACACAGGAGGAACCGCACCACCUUUACAACCUUCCAGCUACAUCAGCUGGAGAGGGCCUUUGAGCGCUCCCACUACCCUGAUGUCUACAGCCGGGAGGAGCUGGCCACACAGGUCAACCUCCCUGAGGUUCGGGUGCAGGUCUGGUUCCAGAAUCGUCGGGCCAAAUGGCGACGUCAGGAGAAGCUGGAGGCCAGCUCAGCAGCAGCAGUAGCAGCAGCAGCCACCAAGCUUCCAGAGGCCCCCAUGCUGGCUUUUGCUCGGCCUCCCCCAACUGCUUCACUCCCCCUGGACCCCUGGCUGACCUCAGGCCCCCCAGCCAUGCAUGCCCUCCCAGGCUUCCUGGGACCAAGGCCUGGCCUACAACCCACCUAUGGGCCUCACGCCUUUCUCCAUGCAUCCUCAGGACCUCCUCCCUUUGGGGAGGCCUUUGGUCCCCUGGCAGAAGCUGGGGACGCCCACACUCGAAGUUCCAGCAUUGUCUCCCUUUGUUUUCGGGCCAAGGAGCAUGUCCAGACACUUGAUAGGAGCUGGCAGCCUCUCUGACCCUGUCCCUGCUGCCCCUUCCUUGCCUCAGACUUAACCAAGGACGGUUGGGCUCUUUCAGGAUCCUCUCUGCUGUGCUUUCCUCUCUUGCCCCAACCCACUUUGGAGCCCUUCAGGGAUGCCUAGCAGGGGUCAGGAACAGUUGUUUGACAAGGGCUUUGACCAUGCCAAAGAUGGGUCAACUCAGAACCAGAAAGCUCAAGCCAUUUGGCAAAGGAGACACAGCCAGAGAGUAGCAGGAUUCAUCCCAGGGGUGUGCUGGUAAAUGUUUAAUAACCAGCUUUCUAAAGAAAAAACAAAUAUGCACUGAAUUCUUUUAAAUUUGAUCUGAAUCAUUAACAUUUUCUCUAGACAAUCAACAAAACAAUAAAUCAGGCCUUGAUUUGUAGGGUUUGUCCAUUAACAAGGUAUAAAUACCCACACUGAGAAUUUAGUGAUUGGCCAGAGCUCAUAAGCAUCAUCUCUAGCAGAUCAUCCCUGGUUCGAGGGGAGGAGGGGUGGUGCAUGGGGACAA